AUGGAAGAGGAAAUUAACAACCGAAUUCAGUGUGAUUGGAACAACUGGAGGAAGGUGUCUGGUGUCAUAUGUGAUAGGAAAGUCCCUAUAAGAUUAAAGGGCAGAGUGCACAAGGCAGUGGUCAGACCAGCAAUGACAUAUGGAUUGGAAGCAGCACCUCUAAAGAAAACAGAGGGUAAAAAGUUGAAUGUAACCGAGAUGAGGAUACUUAGGUGGAUGAGUGGAGUAACCAAAAAGGACAAGGUUAGAAAUGAACAUAUUAGGGGUACAGCAAAAGUCACUGAUGCAUCAAAGAAAGUGCAAGAGGAAAGGUUAAGAUUUGUAUGGCCACCUGAUGAGAAGAGAAGAGCAACACAUGGCAAGAGAAGUAAUGUACGUGGAGGUGGAUGGAACACGAAGGAGAGGAAGACCUAA